UGUAUAUACUGCUCUCCGGAUGGAGCCAUCCGAGGAGUCCAAAAGCGAGAUCCCGGAAAAGCCGGAAGAUGAGAAUGCGGACGACUACAAAACGCUGAAAUACCACCUGCUGGGCCCGUCGCUCACCAAAGCCGGUCAGGAUGCCGUCGAUCAGCAGAAGGUUUCGGAGAUUAUCUACAAUGCGUCUAAGGGGUCCAAGUUCUUCAACCAUGAGCAGGACCGCGACCGGAUCUUGACGGACAAGAUUUCGCGCAUUCUGAAAGAGAAAGCCCGCUUCGAGAAGCAGGAUCUGACCCACGACCGGCGUAAAGCAGACCAGCUCCUCGCCGAGCUGGAGCUCACUCGCGACCUCUCCCAGUAUGUCGUCCACGUCGACUGCGACGCGUUCUUCGCUGCCGUCGAGGAGCUCGACCGCCCGGAGCUCAAACAUGUCCCGUUCGCGGUAGGCAAGGGCGUGCUCACGACGUGCAACUACGAGGCGCGCAAGUUCGGCUGCCGCAGCGGCAUGGCGUCCUUCGUGGCGAUGAAGCUCUGUCCGCAGCUGGUGUGUCUGCCUCAAAAUCACGAGAAGUAUUCCGCCAAGGCGGCGGAGAUCCGCGCUGUGUUUGCGCAGUAUGAUCCGCUGUUUGAGAGCGCUAGUAUCGACGAGGCGUACCUAAAUAUUACGUCUUACUGUGCGGAGAAUGGGCGUGGUCCCGAGGAGGUUGUUGAGCGCAUGCGCGCUGAGGUCCUGGAACAGACGAAGAUCUCUGUGUCGGCUGGUAUUGCUGCUAAUGGGAAGAUUGCUAAAAUCUGCUCGAACCGCAAUAAGCCAAACGGCCAGUUUCGGGUCCCGAACGAGCGUGACGCAAUCAUGGAGUUCAUGCGCGAACUGCCUGUGCGCAAGGUGAACGGUGUUGGUCGGGUGUUUGAGCGAGAGCUCGACGCGAUCGGGAUCAAGACCUGUGGAGAUAUUUAUCCCCAUCGGGCGUUGCUGGCCAAGCUGUUCGGGGAAAAGGCGUUUUACUUCCUGGCGCAAUGCUACCUGGGUCUGGGGCGGACGAAAAUCCAGCCCGUCGAGAACUACGAGCGCAAGAGCGUCGGCACGGAAACCACGUUUCACGAGAUCGGGAACAAACAGGAAUUCCGGGAUAAGCUCUGGAUGAUCGCGCAGGAGCUGGAGAAGGACCUGGCCCGCACGCAGUUCAAGGGUCGGACGCUGGUUCUCAAGGUUAAACUCGCUACGUUCGAGGUGCUGUCCCGACAGUGCCAGCCCUCGCGGGCCGUGUUCCACGCCAAAGACCUCUACACGUUCUCCCUGCCCAUGCUGGAAAAGCUGGAGCGGGAGAUGCCGAACCUGAAGCUGCGACUGCUGGGGCUGCGCUGUACGAACCUGGUGAGCACGAAGAAAGUCGGCAUCGACUUUUUCGGCACGAUCCGGCCCAAGCCCCCCGUCGACGCCGCGGUCGACCCCCCAGGCGACCAGGAGAUCGGCGCCGAAGAGGCGUUCGAACGAGCCGCCCGGCAGGAACUCCAAGCCGACCUGGACGACCUCGAACAACUCAGCCAGGAGGUGUCCGAACCCGCCGUGGCCCAACCCGAGGAGCCCGCCCCGGUCUACUGGGACUGUCCCGUGUGCGACAGACCGCAGCUGGCGGACGACAAGGUCUUCAACGACCACGUCGACCACUGCCUGUCGAAGCAGACCAUCAAAGAGGCUGUCCAGGGGGCGUCACAGGACCCAACCCCAACCCCGACCCCGGGGCCGUCCAAACCGCGGAAGCGAAAACCGACGUCUCAUGAAACUCCGGACCCACGGCAGAAACGGCUAUUUUUCUGA